CUUAUAAAUUAAAGCUUCAUAUUUUCUUAACUCCACCAUUCAUUCAAUAAGCCAAAAUUAAACUGCCAUUUCUUUAUUCAGAAACAGAGAAAUUAUAUCAUGUCCUCAUUUUCACCCCGUGCCAUGGCCCCAAAAUUCGAUGAGAGGCGAUGGAUUAUUCAAAUCCGUCAAACACUGGAUGAUGAACUUGAAGAAAUCAUGGAAGUCCCAGUGAGCAUCUUUAACGUCCCCAAGAGCCUAAUGGUGACCGACCCCGAUUCUUACGUGCCCCAAGAAGUGGCAUUAGGCCCUUACCAUUAUUGGCGUCCAGAACUCUACGAAAUAGAAAGGUAUAAACUUGCUGCUGCAAAGAGAACCCAGAACCAACUCCAAAACCUCAAAUUCCAGAAUCUUGUUGAACACCUGAUAAAAUUAGAGUCAAGAAUUCGUGCCUGUUACCAUAAGUUCUUGAAUUUUAAUGGGGAAACUCUUGCCUGGAUGAUGGCAGUGGACGCCUCGUUUUUGCUCGAGUUCCUUCACAUUUAUGCCGUUAAAGAAGGUAAGGUUCUAACACGAGCGAUUUCUUCCUCAACAAUGUCACAUUUAGUUGAUGUUGCUGGAAGAAAAUCAGCACAUAACGCCAUUCUUAGAGAUUCGGCAAUGCUUGAAAAUCAAAUCCCAUUAUUCGUGUUGAGGAAGAUUUUGGAACUCCAAUUCUCAUCUUUAGAGUUGGCAGACAACAUGUUGAUGUCUAUGCUAGUGGGAUUUUGUAAGGAGCUUUCUCCUUUCAAAAUGGUUGAAAUUUACCCAGAGGUUCAAGUAACAGAAUCUGCUCAUUUGUUGGACUUUUUGUACCAAAUGAUCGUGCCCAACCUGGAAUUAGGAACUUCUGAAAUAACAGAAUAUCGCGAUAAGGACCAAGCUGAUACAAAUCAAUGUGAAAAGAGUACCUUUGGGAAAUCAAGUUACGUUAAACAAUUUCUGAACGAAGUUUGGAAGAUACUUGUUAAAAUAAACAAAGGCCCGGUACGUCUUCUCAAAAGAUUAGUAUUUUCGAAACCUAUGAAAGUCAUGUUCAAGCUGCCCUGGAAACUUCUCUCAAAUAUUCCUGGAUUAAAACUAGUAAUUUUGCCCAUGAAAUACCUAUGCUUCUCACAAGAAAAAACAAAAGAGAAUCCUGAUAAUGAAAAUUCUAAUAACCCACCUCUAGUGGAGGAAAUAGCCAUGCCCUCAGUAAGUGAACUUUCUAAAGCAGGGGUAAAUUUUGUAGCUACCAAUGGAGGAAUCACAAGCAUAAGUUACGACGGUAAAAAGAUGGCAUUUUAUUUACCUACUAUCAAUCUAGAUGUAAACACGGAGGUAAUUUUAAGAAACUUAGUAGCAUACGAAGUGUGUGACGCAUCAGGGCCAUUGCUUUUUACGCGUUACACUGAAUUAAUGAAUGGGCUUAUUGAUACGGCGGAGGAUGUAGCAUUGCUUAGAGAAAAAGGGAUUGUGUUGAACCGUUUGAAGAGCGACGAUGAAGUUGCGAAUUUGUGGAAUUCGAUGAGUAAAUCGGUGAAGUUAACAAAAGUGCAGUUGCUGGAUAAAGUGAUUGAAGAUGUUAACAAGUUUUACAACGGAAGAUGGAGGGUGAAGAUUGGGAAAUGCAUGAAGUUCUAUGUGUUUGAAUCAUGGAAAUUUCUCACAUUCUUGGCUGCGAUUAUGCUCUUGAUGCUGAUGACUUUGCAAGCAUUUUGUUCAGUCUAUACUUGUGCUCGUGUAUUCCGUAUUCAGAGCACUGGUCUGUGAUCUGUUUUAUACUUAAUUGUUUUCAUGUAAAAAGUAUGUCUUUUUCUUGUUUUCUUUUGCUUUUAGUUCUGGUCUUCCGGCUGUGACUUUUAUUUCAUUAGUAUUGUAGUAGCAAACUCACACAGGACAUGAAAACCAAAAAGUGUUGUGGUAAUGGGUUAUGUGGACACUUCUAUUAAUUUUUGAAGUGUCAUAAAAGCUCCUUAUAUAGUAUUGUGUUAUAUUUUGGGUUAUGGGUUGUAUUGCUCUGCGA